AUGUCUGAAAAACUUUAUAGAAAUGUGGCCAUCGGUUGUGUUGCAUUCAGUGCUGUGGGUCUUUUAGUUGGCCUUGGAUUUCCACCACUUAUGACCAAAAUGAUUAAAAGUCAAAUAAAUCUUAAACCUGGCUCCGAAACGCGACUAAUGUGGGAAAAAUUUCCCAUAUGGAUAAAAUUCUCAAUUUUUGUAUUCAAUGUCACUAAUCCGGAUGAGGUGCAAAAUGGAGGUAAACCCAGAUUACAAGAAGUUGGGCCAUUUGUAUUCGAAGAAUGGAAAGACAAAUAUGAUCUGACAGAUUUUGAAGAGGAAGAUGCGGUGGAAUUCAAUAUGCGCAACACAUUUAUAUUUCGCCCUGACCUGGGUUUGAGUGGUGAGGAAAUUGUGGUAUUUCCACAUCCUUUGAUACAGGUCAUGGGUAUAUCCAUUAAACGUGAUAAGGUUGCUAUGCUGAGUAUGAUUGCCGAAGGUAUAGAGAAUCUAUUUAAACCCACCACCCCCUUUCUGCGUGCUCCGGCCAUAGAUAUUUUCUUUCGGGGUUUUGAUAUUGACUGUUCCCCUGAAAAUUUCGCUGCUAAGGCAAUUUGUCUGAAUUUCCAUACAGGUGCUGUAAAGGGGGCAGAAAAAAUCGAUGACACACAUUUUAAAUUUUCACUGCUGGGAGGGGGUAAUCAUACCGAUGGUGGCCGCUUUAAGGUUUCACGAGGCAUACGCGAUUAUCGAACCAUAGGCCAGGUUCUUGAGUUUGAGGAGGACACCGAAAUGAAUGUCUGGCCUGGGGAUGAGUGCAAUAAGAUACGUGGAACCGAUUCUACCAUAUUUGCUCCUCUAAUGAAACCCAGCGAAGGUCUAUGGUCGUUCUCAGCUGAUCUGUGUCGUUCAUUGGGACCGAAAGUUGAAAAGAAGGUCACCUAUAAUGGAGUACCAGCUUAUCGUUAUAUAAUGGAUUUGGGGGAUGUUAAGAAUGAACCUGAAAAUCAUUGCUUUUGCAAAGACUAUCCAGAUGAUUGCCCGCUCAAAGGUACCAUGGAACUGGCGCUGUGCAAUGAAACACCAAUGAUUGCUUCCUUGCCACAUUUUCUGAAUGCUGAUCCCCAACUAUUGGCCGGUGUCGAUGGUUUGCAGCCCGAUGAGAAAAAGCAUAGCAUUUAUAUAGAUUUUGAAAUUAUAUCCGGUACACCCUUGAACAUUGCCAAACGUUUACAGUUCAGUUUGGAUGUGGAGCCGAUCGAAGAAAUUCCAGUCAUGAGCAAAUUGAGGCCCUUGGUAAUGCCGUUAUUUUGGGUUGAGGAAUCUGUGGCAUUGAAUAAAGAUUUCACCAAUCUUAUUAAGAGUAAAGUAUUUACAACAAAAACUAUCGUGAAGGUCUUUAUGUGGAAUGCUAUAGUCAUUGGAGUAUGUGGUGCUGCCUUUUCAGCUUUGAUGAUAUAUCUACGUCGACAGGAUGAUAAAAAAUUAAAAAGUCUUCUGCUCUCCUUCCUGAGCAGCUUCAGUUCCAGUGACCACCAUGACUGGCUGGUUUUGCGUAGUGGUACUCUUUCGGGACAAGCCUUCAAAAAGGCCUAUUGUUUAGCAAAGUAUUGGGUUGCCCAAAAAAUCUACAAUGAUCCACAAGAAAUCUAA